AUGAGUAUAUUACUCAAUGUAUGUCUUUGGCAUGAAAUCCAACAUCCUAACGUCGCACAACCUGACGUUUCCGCCGCCGGCCAGAGAAAGAGACAAACACACGCUCUGACACACACCCCGAUUCUUCAACAACACACGCACAAACAUCCCCGUUACCGCCUUUGUCUUUGCCUUUUCACUUUCCUCUCUCCAAAUUCUAAAACCCUCCUUCUUUCUCUCUCUCUAAAAACCAAAACCCCCCCUCCAUUGAUUCCGCAAAACAACAAACAAACCCCGUUUAAAUUCCUUCAACAUUCCUGCAAAUCGUCCCAAGAAUCUACUUCAUCAAAUCUCUGUGUCAUUUUCACUCCUCAUAAGAUGAUGAACAUGAACAGACCUCCUAAUGAAGAUUUCUCGCUCAAAGAAACGAAACCCCACCUUGGUGGAAGUAAGGUCACCGGAGAUAAGCUCACAAGCACCUACGACCUCGUCGAACAAAUGCAAUACUUAUACGUUCGUGUCGUUAAAGCCAAAGAUUUACCCACAAAAGAUGUCACCGGAAGCUGUGACCCAUACGUCGAGGUUCGAAUGGGGAACUACAAAGGAACAACUCGUCAUUUCGAGAAGAAAACCAAUCCGGAAUGGAACCAGGUGUUCUCCUUUUCCAAAGAUCGAAUUCAAGCCACAAUGCUCGAAGUCACAGUAAAAGAUAAAGAUCUUAUGAAAGACGAUAUCAUGGGUGGAGUUCUAUUCGAUCUUAACGAGGUUCCCAAACGAGUCCCACCAGAUUCUCCUCUUGCUCCACAGUGGUAUCGAUUAUCCGAUCGAAAAGGAGACAAACUGAAAGGCGAGUUAAUGUUAGCAGUCUGGUGGGGUACGCAAGCCGAUGAAGCGUUCCCGGAAGCCUGGCAUUCCGACGCCGCUGCCGUUAGCGCCGAUGGUCUCGCUAGUAUCCGGUCAAAGGUUUAUCUUUCCCCGAAACUUUGGUAUCUUAGAGUGAAUGUGAUCGAAGCUCAAGAUUUGAUCCCAAACGAUCGUACCAGAUUUCCCGAAGUUUACGUAAAAGCCGUCCUCGGAAACCAGGCUUUAAGAACCAGAAUCUCAACGAGCAAGACGAUAAACCCAUUAUGGAAUGAAGAUUUAAUGUUCGUAGCUGCUGAACCAUUUGAAGAGCCAUUGAUUUUGAGUGUAGAAGACAGAGUCGCGCCUAACAAAGACGAAGUCCUCGGAAGAUGUGCAAUCCCAUUACAGUAUGUUGACCGGAGGUUAGACCAUAAAGCGAUCAACACCCGGUGGUUUAAUCUCGAAAAACAUGUCAUCAUCGAAGGUGAAAAAAAGAAGGAAGUCAAAUUCGCUAGCAGGAUUCACAUGCGUGUCUGUUUGGAAGGUGGGUAUCAUGUUCUUGACGAAUCCACACAUUACAGUUCUGAUCUUAGACCCACUGCUAAACAGCUAUGGAAGAACAGCAUCGGAGUUCUUGAAGUUGGAAUCUUGAGCGCUAAUGGAUUAUCACCAAUGAAAACAAAAGACGGACGUGCAACAACUGACGCAUAUUGUGUGGCUAAAUAUGGAACAAAAUGGGUAAGAACAAGAACCAUAAUCGACAGUUUUGUUCCCAAAUGGAAUGAACAGUAUACAUGGGAAGUUUUCGAUCCAUGUACUGUGAUAACCAUUGGAGUUUUCGAUAACUGCCACCUCCAAGGCGGAGGAGACAAGGCGGCAGGUGGUGGUGGUAACCGGGAUUCUCGAAUCGGAAAGGUCAGGAUCCGUUUAUCAACACUUGAAACGGAUCGGGUUUACACCCAUUCGUAUCCGCUUCUUGUUUUACACCCAUCUGGAGUGAAAAAAAUGGGGGAGAUCCAUUUAGCUGUUCGAUUCACAUGUUCUUCUUUACUGAACAUGAUGCAUAUGUAUUCACAACCACUUUUACCCAAAAUGCAUUACAUUCAUCCAUUAACAGUUGCUCAGUUGGAAAGCUUGCGACACCAGGCGACCCAGAUUGUUUCCAUGCGGCUGAGCAGGGCUGAGCCGCCGUUGAGGAAGGAGAUAGUGGAGUACAUGCUGGAUGUCGGUUCUCACAUGUGGAGUAUGAGACGAAGCAAAGCUAAUUUCUUAAGAAUGAUGGGGGUUUUAGGUGGACUGAUUGCAAUCGGGAAAUGGUUCGAUCAGAUUUGUAAUUGGAAAAACCCAAUCACCACUGUUCUUAUCCAUUUUCUUUUCUUGAUUCUCGUGUUAUACCCUGAACUGAUUUUACCCACUAUUUUUCUCUACCUUUUUCUAAUUGGACUUUGGUAUUACCGAUGGAGACCUAGAAACCCACCUCACAUGGACACCCGACUUUCAUGUGCUGAUAAUCUUCAUCCCGAUGAACUUGAUGAAGAAUUUGAUACGUUCCCAACUUCACGACAACCAGAUAUCGUGAGGAUGAGAUAUGAUCGGCUUAGAAGCAUUGCUGGAAGGAUGCAGACAGUGGUUGGAGAUUUAGCGACACAAGGAGAAAGGUUUCAGUCGCUGAUUAGUUGGAGAGACCCAAGAGCUACUUCACUGUUUGUGAUAUUCUGUUUGAUUGCUGCUGUUGUUCUUUACGUGACGCCUUUUCAAGUUGUUGCAAUUUUUGCUGGGUUUUAUGUUUUGCGACACCCGAGGUUUCGUCGCAGGUUGCCUUCUGUGCCCCUUAACUUCUUUAGAAGGUUACCUGCCAGAACUGACUGUAUGCUGUGAGCCAAAAGAUCCUGGAUUUUAUUGCCAAGAUUACCCCUUAUGUUAGUUUCUAGUGUUUUUUUUGUAAGUUGUGGAGUUUGAUCUGGAUCUAUCGAUGAUUUUGUCAUAUGUGUAUGAACUAUGAAGGA